AGACACAGAUAGUUGUGUUGUGUUGUAUAAUCAGUGACCCUAAUCUCAUUUCUUUUCUUGCGCCGAAACAUCCUCUCAAGUCUGAAAACCUUUAAGAUAUUAUGUCGCGCUCUUGCCGUCGCUGCUCUCGCUGUUGAUCCUCCCGUUUUGAACUCACCGAUCCAAGUUCACUUUCAUCUACAACUACUCUGAUACACCGUGAAGCCAACGGCGGCCAAGACUUGUACGGCAUUAGUCCUUGUGGCGUUUCAGCUUUAGGAGUUAUCAAUUAUGGGUGAGUUUACAAUUCAGAUUAGCAACGACCUUGUUAAUCAACUUGUUGAUGAUGCGGUCCCGAAGAAAAAAACCAGAAAGACUAGACGGAAGGUGGCAAGAGAGACUGAAAAGCCCCAAUCUAAUGAAACUAUAAAGCCUGAUAGUGCAGUUACUCCAGGGUGGCCUGUGCAGUCCCCUUUAUUUCUACCUGCAACAUUGCCUGUACAACCGGUCCAUUCAGAGUUAGAAGGUAUUCAGUCUGUGCUUCAGGAAAGUGAGAGGGUUUUGGAAAGAUUGCAGAAGCAAGAGGAGAAUAUGUUGCAGGAAGUAACCCAAAAGGCAAAGGAUCUUCAUGAUAAAGAGUAUAAGCUUCCUAACCCAAAGCCUGAGCCUUGCAUGGCCGAGAGACUUGCGACCUUAUCAUGUUACAAGGAACAUAUCAAGGACCCCUUGAAGUGUGCCAGUCUUGUUACCGGUUUUGCUGAUUGCCUGCGUAGGUUUGGCCGUUUAGGUGACAAGUAAGUUAUACUGAGAAGUGGUUUAAAAGGAAAUUCGUGUGUGCCAAAUGCAAAUAAUUACUAGUGAACUACAUACUGACAAAUACUCAUUUGUUACGGCCAAUUUUGUGUAAUCUCAUUCCCAACAUUAAACUACAAGCUCAGAAUAAGUGACCUAUUCGUCGUUUGGAAUCUGAACAUUUUCUGUUAUUUUCGUGCCCUACCGUUCUGUCAAGUUGGCCAGUUUUAUAUAUACACACAUGUAUAUGCCAGUGAUGCUACUAAUUCGAAAAAAUAUAGAUGCUACAAGCCUACAAGUUCUAUUAA